CCAGGAUCAAGGGAGCUAACACGCUGGCACUAGAAGCCCAUAGAACUGUGGCAACCGCAGACUGAGGAGUCAAGAGUGGCAAUACAUAGAGAUCACUAGUGAUUCUCUCCUCCAAAUCUUUCUGUAGAAUAUUCAAAACCCACCAUUACUUCCUUUGUUUCUCGUGACUUCACAAUCUGAACUAAUCACCACUCUUGCAUUCAAUCUCCUAUCCUGCCUGCAACUGUCAGGCACUCAAAGUUCACACAUUUUCAGUUCCUUUUCUCCUAAAUUAUUGCCAGCCAGUGAAAAAAUUUAAUCUUUUUAGUCUCCUUUUGUUUUCUGGACCAUUUGGAUUCUGAUAUUCAAAGCUUUAGAUUUAACAGGGUGGCUUUUGUCUCUCAUCAUUUUUGCAUCUGCUCUGGUUUCUGACUAUUUAGGGACCUUCAAGAAAACAUUUUUACAUUUUGGAAAUGUCAUGAUACUAAUAUCUUAGGAUUCCAAAUUUCUUGGAUCUUACAUUUAAAGAAAGGGAAAAAUAGUUGGGGUUGUAGUUUCUUGGUUUGAUUCAAAGAUGGAUUCUUUCUGUGGUGCCUUGAUGGCAAGUGCUGGCGCCAAUGCGGUAAAUUUUAACAAAGGAGGUAUUGGAAAUGACGGGACUAUCUUUUGGGGUGAGAAUCUUAAGAAGAACCUGAAGAGCUGGGAUUCGAGAGCCCAGUUGCGGAAAAAUUUGAGAAGUCGUGUUAAGAAGAUCAAGCCUGGAGUUGCUUACUCUCUUCUUACAUCAGAUGUUAACGAAGAAACUGUGAUUUUUGAGGCACCGGUGUUUGAGACUCCACAAGCAGACCCAAGUAAUGUAGCUUCGAUCAUAUUAGGUGGAGGAGCUGGGACACGCCUCUUUCCUCUUACUAGCAGAAGGGCGAAGCCCGCGGUUCCAAUUGGAGGCUGUUACAGGUUGAUUGAUAUUCCUAUGAGUAAUUGCAUCAAUAGUGGGAUAAAGAAGAUUUUCAUCCUAACCCAGUUUAAUUCCUUCUCACUCAAUCGGCAUCUAGCUCGUACUUAUAACUUUGGCAACGGUGUUAGUUUUGGAGAUGGAUUUGUGGAGGUUUUGGCAGCUACUCAAACACCAGGGGAAGCAGGAAAGAAGUGGUUUCAAGGAACUGCAGAUGCUGUGAGGCAAUUUAUAUGGAUGUUUGAGGAUGCAAAGACCAAGAACGUGGAGCAUGUAUUGAUCUUGUCCGGUGAUCAUCUUUAUCGAAUGAACUACAUGGAGUUUGUUCAGAAGCAUAUCGACACUAAUGCAGAUAUUACAGUUUCCUGUGUACCCAUGGAUGACAGUCGUGCAUCAGAUUAUGGACUGAUGAAGAUUGAUAGCACUGGGCGUAUCAUUCAAUUUGCUGAGAAACCUAAGGGCACUGAUCUGAAAGCAAUGCAAGUUGAUACCACUCUUCUUGGACUCUCCAAGCAAGAAGCCAUGCAAUUUCCCUAUAUUGCUUCAAUGGGCGUUUAUGUGUUUAGAACUGAUGUCUUGCUGAAGCUUCUGAGGUGUAGCUAUCCCUCAUGCAACGACUUUGGUUCUGAAAUCAUUCCAUCUGCUGUGAAGGAGCAUAAUGUCCAGGCUUAUUUAUUCAACGACUACUGGGAGGACAUUGGAACAAUAAAGUCCCUUUUUGAUGCCAAUUUGGCCCUCACGGAGCAGCCACCAAAGUUUCAAUUUUACGAUCCGAAGACACCUUUCUUCACCUCUCCUAGAUUCUUACCGCCUACUAAAGUUGAUAAAUGCAGGAUUGUCGAUGCAAUAAUCUCACAUGGCUGCUUUUUACGAGAAUGUAGCGUGCAACAUUCUAUUGUAGGAGUCCGCUCACGUUUAGAGAGUGGUGUUGAGCUUACAGAUACUAUGAUGAUGGGUGCUGACUACUAUCAAACUGAAUCUGAAAUUGCCUCUCUGCUAGCGGAAGGAAAGGUUCCAAUUGGCGUGGGUCAGAAUACCAAAAUCAGGAAUUGUAUUAUUGAUAAGAAUGCCAAGAUAGGAAAAGAUGUGAUCGUCACAAAUGCUGAUGGUGUUCAAGAAGCAGACAGGCCAAGUGAAGGAUUUUACAUUAGAUCAGGGAUCACAGCCGUCCUGAAGAAUGCAACAAUUAAAGAUGGAACCAUUAUCUAGAAAAAGCUGAAUCCUAGUGAUGAAGCUGAUGGAGCAAUCAAUCCGCAUCUUUGUAUUUGGUUGCUGUGAUCACAAAGAACUGCUUUGUACGUAAAUUACUUACUCCUUCCAUAUGUGUGACAGAACAGCAUAGAAGAGGUAGUAUUUUAACUUGAAUAAAUCGAAGGCGCCUGAAGUCCAUUUAGAAAUAUGGACAGGUUCAUUGCUUAAAGCUCAAA